AUGGAAGUGCAAUUAAGUGAAGCCGAAAAAGUAUUCAUAAUACAUGGAGCGCAGGAAGGUUUACGAGCUGAUGGACGUGGUCCAUUAGAUUACCGGCCUAUAAUAGUUCAAACCGGUGUUUUGGCAACAACAAAUGGUUCAGCUCGUGUCCAGAUAGGUUCAACUGAUUUAUUAAUUGGUGUCAAAGCCGAAUUAAUCAGCGUGGAUACCGCUGUUUACCGGAAUCGGCUAAAUUUCUUUGUUGAUUGCUCAGCAAAUGCCACUCCACUUUUUGCUGGUCGUGGUGGUGAAGAAUUCGCGGAUGAAUUGAGUGCAGCAUUAGAUGCUGCUUAUGACAACAAUUAUGUGCUUCCAGAUUUAAAAAAAUUGAUUCUAUCUCCAAUGCAUGCUUGGAAACUGUUUGUGGAUAUCGUUCUUUUACAAUGUGACGGUAAUGUUAUUGAUGCAGCAGGAUUAGGGGUUAAAGCAGCAUUGAAAGACACGGAAAUUAGCAAAGUUAUAGUCAGACCAGCUGAUGAAGGAAAGUAUACAAUUGAUUUACCGGACGAUAAUACUGUUUGGAAAUUAGAUACAUCAAGAGUUCCUUUAUUUGUCAGUGUAAAUAGACUUGGAACUGCCAAAAUUGUUGACAAUUCGUUGACAGAAGAAGCAUGCACUCGAACAUCUGUUUGGAUUGCUGUCGCUCCACAAUUUGUUUCUGACAUCAAUCACAAUCAAAAUAAUCAAUGUGCAGUGAAACGUGAUGGUUCCAUAAUUACAUUUAUGAGGCAGUGCGGUGGUGGUACUCUUGAAAUUGAUUCACUUGUUUUAGAGGAAAUGAUCAGUAUUGGCCUGAAAGCAGUACAUCAACUACAUGAAGCACUUAAUCAGCGAUUGAUGAAUGAAAAUUGGUUGAUAGAAAAACCUUUGUCAACAUUCUUACAAUAA